GUGUUGGGUCCGUCUUUCCCCUGCCGUGUCCCCUUUUCUCAGCUCAGCGCAGACGCCAUGUUGGUUCGAAAGGAAGAUGACAAGCGGUGGCUGCGUUAGUGGCGGCGGCGGGCGAGGGGUCCCCGAGAGCGGCUAGUGCUGAGGAAGGGGCUCUCCUCUCUCUCCCUGCCCCUCCAGCGCUGAGGGAAAAGGGCGAGCAGCUCCGUCGUGUCAGUUGCGGGGGGGUUCUUCCAACCAACCGUCUGCUGAGGGAGCCCCUGGGAGAGGAGGGGGAGGAAGAGGCGGAGAAGGGACAGGGAUAGAGGAGCGGCGGCAGCGAUGAGAGCAGAGACCUGAGGCAGAGAAGCGGCGGGUGCUGCGGCGGCUGUUACCCCGAGAGGCGACUGCGGUUUAAAUCCCCCCUUGAGCUGCUGCUGCAGUUUGAGGGGGGAAGGUGUUCGUUCUUUUGCGCCCCUGCUUUAUUCCCCCUCGGCUUGCUUGGAGCUGGGAGACUCAAAGCCUCUCGGAAGGGCCCGAAAGAGGAAGAGAAGCAGCAGCCUGCCUCUCGUCUCACUUUUACUUCGGGAGGAUUGAGAAAGGGGGGACAGGAAAAAAGCCCAACAACUUCGGGUCCAGAUCAGGAGGAGGAGGAAGGAGGUCGCUUGACUUUAUCUGCCGGAGUGCCUACCGCACGUCCUAAUGAGGUGACUCGGACGCAGAACUAUCCUGUGAAUCAUCCCCGCCAUUCAUUAUUGGCCUAGGCUGGAGAGGAAGCGCGGCAGAGCGGUGGGGGGAAAGCCUCCACACAAUUCAUGUCCUUGUGUACUCCUGCCUGGUCUACCUGGCACCGCUGCUGGUGGUGUUGCUGCUGCUGACGGGGAUCUGCUGCCAUCUCUGGUCUCUCUUUGCUGAUCGAGCCUUUUAACAUCGGCUUCUCUUGGAUUCCUCCCCUCCAGUCCCACAGUUUUCCUUGUUGUGGGUCAACUGCUUUUAUUGUCAGGGGGAAAAUAACUCAGAACUUAACAAGACGUCAAAGAUUGGUUGGCUGGAAGAUCUUGUUGCUGUAUGCACUUGGCUGGCUUAUAAAAAUUUCUCAUUUUGUGUUGAUUGAAACCAUCAGGGUAAUUUCAAAAUGUCCAGCAGUGUCCCAUCUGAUAUGAUAAAUUUGCGCCUCAUCUUGGUAAGUGGAAAAACAAAAGAAUUCUUAUUCUCUCCAAAUGAUUCGGCAGCAGACAUUGCAAAACAUGUAUAUGAUAACUGGCCAAUGGACUGGGAAGAAGAACAGGUGAGCAGUCCAAAUAUUCUGCGGCUUAUUUAUCAAGGACGGUUUCUUCAUGGCAACGUGACAUUAGGAGCAUUAAAACUUCCAUUUGGUAAAACAACAGUGAUGCAUUUGGUGGCGAGAGAGACAUUGCCAGAGCCAAACUCUCAAGGUCAGAGAAAUCGUGAAAAAACUGGAGAGAGCAAUUGCUGUGUAAUCCUGUAAAAGCUCUGCUGUAUCUGCUACUUGUGAUGUAAAAUAGUUUUUGUCUUUCAUGCCGCUGGACUAGAGGAGACCAACAUGGCUUCAGGCACCCUUAGGAAGAGCCUAUCUGUAAAUCCAUUGAACUGAAAUAUUACAUGAACACUCACAUUUUUUUCAAGAACAAUGAACAACUUCGCCCCUUACUUUUUGGUUGUUGUACAAGCUUAUUAAUGCAUCACUUCUCCAAUGCAUUCUGUCUUCAGGAAAAGGUUAACUAUUCUCUUCAACAAGAAUCAUUUUGUUGUCAUAAAUCAUCCUUAACCCGCUUUAACCAAUCAAGAUUUAUAGAUGCAAUUUGCACUAAAACACACACACACAAAAGUUCACAAUAUAUAGACCUCAUCAACAAAAGUUCUAAGUAUUUCAAAUGCAGAGAAAUGAUUCAACACUGGAAAAUACUAUCGGCAGUCUUUUCUUUUUUCUUUUAUUCAAUAAUGGCCAGCUGAAGGGGGAGGGGGGAAGUCAUUAUUAAAUUCUACCUAAAUCAACCUUAGUGGCCAAACUGGCACAAAAUGCUAACUAAAAUUAAGUCUGAUUUUAGACAUUAUAUAUUUUCAUUGCAACAAACAAUGUGCCUGUAAUUUCUAAGCACUCUGUAGAGGGCUGUUCAAACUGAAUUUUUUUUUCAUUAACGUGCACUCUUCUCUCAUACAUUAGUUGAGUGCUUGUUCAGACAGCACAAAUAAGUGCAGAGAGUGCAUUUCCUAGCCUUAAUAUGGGAGGGGUAAUUUCCUGUAGUUCAUAGGCUUUUAUUAAUGUGCAUAAAUAUUAGAAGACCUCAUUUACUAAUCAAUUUUAUGUCUUUGAAUAUCAACAAUUGAUGUUUUUCAGUCAUUCUUAUUCAUCUGUACCUUAGUGUCCAGUGUCAUGCUUACUCAUUAGUGACUUCAAAGGAAUAACUAAAAGAGAAAAAAAGAAAAAUUCUCUGCCAUAUGAUGACUUUUUGUUUAUGUAAUCUACAUUUGAUAUUAGUGCUUGCAAUUGUAUUGGAAAUCAGAAGCUGGUUUUUAAAAGCAUAUGUAGUUAACAAAGGAUGCCAUUCUUUUAUUUCAUACAAACAAUUUAAAAAUUGAUAUGCUAAAACAAUUUUUGCACAGCACUAAAGCAUGAGUUAGUUUCAUCUAAACCUGUAAAAAAAUUAUAAAAGAUUUUAUAUUUUUCCACUGGGGAGAAAUUCUUCCUAGUUGAAAUUACAAAUAUGUAGAAUAUAUUUAAUAAAAAUCUUAUAAAAACAUAACUAUAGAACUUAAAUAUAGAUUGGCGUGUAGAAUAAUACAAUAAUAAUCCAUAUAAAUAGCUCUAGGCUUUAAAAAAAUUGCAGGUUGACAUUGUGUUCUGUAUUUGAGUCCAUGGGCCCUUACAAAUGUUCUGUGUUUUCUGAAUGAUCAACUUCAUUUAAACAUAAUGGGUUAUUUUAUUCAAUGUUAUUGCUUUGACAAAAUGCUUUAUAUGCAGUAGGCCUACAAAGAUAUUGUUCAUAAUGAUCAAAAUUAAAUUUGUAUAGAGCAGAGUUUUAAAACAAAUUGUAAAUAGCACUAAACAUUUUCUUUCUGCAACCUGUACUGAUAGAUUCUUCUGUAAACUAAAUAAAAGAAGAAUAUUGUA